AUGGCAACAAACCUCCUCACACAAGAUGAGGCCGCAGCUGCCAUAGUAUCCUUUGCAUUUUCUGGUGUCCUGGGCUCUCCAGCAGGUAAAGGUGUCGGCUACGCACUGAUGGGCACAACCCCAGACUAUUUCACUUGGUCCGCUGCUUUGGAGGAGAUCGAAGGACCGCCUGUGCCCAUUGACCGAUACUUGAUCAAGAUCGAUAGACGAUCAAAGGAAAUAUCUCCCCCAAUCCCUAUUGUUCUUUCAGAACAAGACCUUUCCGAAGCCAUCCAAUCUGCCACUGGUCAGCACUUGUCAUCGUGGGAGAGAUUCACAGAUGGUGCCCUCAGCAUCUCGUACAAGGUGACAGUCCAUGAGAGCGUCGAUUCAAUUUAUAUCGUUCAGUUACGUCAUCAUGGGAAUGUCGCAUCAAUGGACUCCUUGAUGUCCUAUAUCGUUAGAACUGUUGGCCAUACACUCCUGCCAGUACCUCCUGUGUACCCUAUUCCUCACGAGAAACAACGACAAGAAAAAACUGGCAUGGGGAGGCAGAUAACCCAACUAAUACCGGGCGUCAUGUGCUCUUCGGUAUACCCCAACUUGUCCCACGAGCAAAAGAUCAGCCUUCUUCCGAAAGUCGCCCGCGCUUUUCAAGCCUGCUGGGACAUUCCGCUCUCAGAACCACGACUGAUCGGAGAAGUGGUUGCCGAUUUGGUCAACGGCGAGCUCAAUGUCAGGAUUGACCCCGAUCGGCACUACAGUCUCGGCGGGCCAUUCUCCUCCGUACGAGAAUACCUCCGUGCUUAUAUCAACGCAUCACUAGUUGCUCUCGAGAAGCAGCAAGGUAUUAAUGAGUACAAGACAUUGUAUCUUACGCGCAUCCAAAACUUUGUCUCCAACAGCUUGCACAACAUCCCGCACAUCGUGGAGCAAACGCCGGUGGUCCUGACGCAUUCUGACAUGGGUCCUCACAACAUCAUCGUAUCUAGUCAAGACAGCACCGAAAUCAAGGCCAUCAUCGACUGGGAGUUCAUCGCCUCUGCACCAUUUGGGUCGCUCUACUGCAUCCUGGAGAUGUUCUUCCGCAAAGACGCUCUAAACGGGUUUGGUCAAGAAUACGAUCGCUCAGAUGAACUCCGCCAAGCUUUCUGGGGUACUAUUCCCAAGUGGAAGCUGGUUUACGAGAGUGAACCUGCGCAGGUUUUCCUGGAGUGGAUGAAGUUUGGGCUGUUCCUGAAGCCUGAGUGGCGGCCUGACAACCUCUCCGCGCCAGAAGCAGAGAGAUACUGGCAAGAAAACGUUCGGGUAGUAGAAAUGAUGCUACAAAAAUAUGGCUAA